CGAUAAUUACUGGCGAGCAAACUAGCUUAAAAAGGGAGCUUCAAGAUCUCUGAUUUCUCUGCAGCUGUUUAUAUUUUGCCAGAAAGUGUUUUUCUUUUGCAGAAAUUAAGAAGAAGAAGAAGAAGAAAAGUUUGCUGGGAUUUGCAAAAGAAACUGUAUAUAUACCUAUAUAUAUAUAUCUCAGAAAAUAUCAUCAAGAAGAGAUUAAAAUAGAAAAAAGAGAAGAUGGGCAGUGGUUAUUUUGGAGAGCCAAACUUGGGAAAUGAUCAUCAAAGAGGAAGCGGAUCAUCUUCUUCGUCAUCAUCAUCAAGAAAAGGAAAGAAGUCGAAUUCAGAGAAGCCAAGGCAACCGCAGAGAGGACUUGGGGUGGCUCAAUUGGAGAAGAUCAGAUUACAUGGUCAGAUGGGUUGUGCUGCAUACGGCCAUCCUUCUCUUCAUAAUCCUAAUACUUACCCUACUACCAGUAAUUUCAAUAACGAUGAUAUGAGAGUACAAACAGCUUAUUCAGCUAUACCAUCGUCUUCUUUUUCUUACUCAUCUACCUCUUUAUCUUCUUCGCCCUCCUAUGGUUUCAAUCCCAAUGUCAUGAUGGGGCUUGGUGAAUAUGAAAGAACAAACAUAAGAUAUGGAGACUCCCAACCAACCACCACAACAAGAUGGGACCCCAGCAACGCAAUGUUAGAGACCCAAUAUAUUGCGCAACCAAACAUGACUAGACACCUCCUCAAUCUACACACAGAGGAUUCUCAGCACACAAGCCAAAAACAUAGAAGUACUAAUUCACUGGGUUCAAGCAGCACUCAGAAUUCUGAAUCAAGUGACACUCAAGAACUAGAUUUGGAGCUGAGAUUGUCUCUUUAACCAAUACUCUUUGGGCUACAUUGAUCACAAGAUCUUGUGUUUUUUUACUUAUAAUUUAGAAUUUGCAAAACCGGAGCAUGUUCGAAGUUGUUGAUGAUGAUGAAGAAGACGUGAUGAACUUUGUUAAAAGUUUCAUUUGCAUAAUGGAAUAGUGUAAUGAAAGGUAGAUUGACUUUCUGCAUUUAAUUAAU